UCCUGACCAUCACCCAGGGAACAACUGCACAGCUGUGUGGGAAGACAUCCAGUCCCUUCACAGCAUUGCUCAACACAGAGAAGGUUGGGCAGUGAAACUAUCAUCUGGAAAUUGGUCAGGUCAGGAGAGCUUUGACACAUCAUCAGAUCUGAAACUGGUCAGUGAUGUUCCAUUAGAACCAACCUUUCUGAAGGUUUAGCUGUGGAUGAUCAGAAGAAGUGUGACUGGCUCCAAGUGCAGUGAAAGCUUCAUUCGUUCAUUGACCCUCACAAAUCACUAACCCAUUCCUAAAGGUGAGAUGCUGUUCAAGUGGGAGGUGAAUGAGGAGGGCUCCACAGGCUCUUAAAGUCUUCUAAUACUGAAGGUGCGUCUGUGGAACAACAUUUAACACAAGACAGCUACAUGGAAGAGAAACCCUUCAAGUGUGAGGUGUGUGGUCGAGCUUUCGGACAGUCAUCAACGCUUGUGAAUCACCGACGUAUCCACACAGGAGAGAAACCAUUCAAAUGUGAAAUAUGUAACCAGAGCUUUGCCCAGUUAUCAGGCCUUGUGAAUCACCGGCCCAUUCACACGGGGGAGAAACCAUUCAGGUGUGAGGUGUGUAGCAAGUCAUUCUCACAGUCAUCAACACUCCUCGUGCACCAACGUGUUCACACAGGGGAGAAACCAUUCCGGUGUGAGGUAUGUAUCAAAUCUUUCUCUGAUUCAUCGACCCUCCGCAGACACCAACGUAUUCACACAGGGGAGAAACCAUUCAAUUGCGAGGUAUGUAACAAAUCAUUUUCAACAUCCUCGGAUCUUCGUAUACACCAACGCAUUCACACAGGAGAGAGACCAUUUAUAUGCAAACUGUGUGACAAAUCAUUCUCGUCAUCAUCAGAUCUCCACGUACAUCAACGCAUUCACACAGGGGAGAAACCAUUCAGAUGUGAAGUCUGUAACAAAUCAUUCUCACAGUCAGGAAACCUCCGCACACACCAACGCACCCACACAGGGGAGAAACUGUUCAAGUGUAAGGUGUGUGACAGGUCAUUCUCCGACUCAACGAGGCUCCUGCUUCACCAGAGGAUCCAUACGGGGGAGAAACCAUUCACAUGUGAGGUGUGUAACAAAUCAUUCUCGGUGUCAUCAAGCCUCCGUGUCCACCAACGCAUUCACACGGGGGAGAAACCAUUCACAUGUGAGGUGUGCAACAAAUCAUUCACGAGGUCAUGGAACCUCCUGUUCCAUCAGAGGAUCCACACAGGGGAGUGAAAGGUUUGUCAUGGAACUUCCAUGACGUCCCUGACCAUUCACAGCACCACAGGAUUCACACGGGAGAAACUCUUUAGGUGCAGUGUGUGUGACAGGCUUUCACACAGUAGGUGCAUCUCUUCUCCAUAUCUUUGCCAAUCUGACCUCAGAGUAUGAACCUGCACACAGUCUCACUGUGCAGGAUGUUCACUGGGACUGGGACACAGAACAAGAAGCAACUUUCACUCCCAUCAAACAACUAGCAAUGACAUCACCAGUGCUGAGGGAUGAUGAUGUAACAAUGGAAUCACCCUGCAGUGUGAUGUCAGUGAAACAGGACUUGGAGUAACCCCCAGGCAGUGAGGACAGCCCGCUGUGUUUGUAUCCAGAGGGUUAACACAAACUGAACAACACUGUACACAGAUUGAAAAACAGAGUCUGGAUAUUGUCUUUAUUUGUGAGGAGUUCAACAUGUAUCUGUUUGGGAAAGAGCAAGUAAUGGUGAAGUCAGACCACAAGCCAUUUCAAAACAUCAUUUUUAAACUACUUGUAUCUGCUUCAGAGCGUUUGCACAGGAUGUUACUUUGCUUGUGGAUACUUUGGUUAGAAAUAAGUACAAUCAAGAAAAGCAGAACUUUGUCACUGACAUGCUGUGAGAACUGCUCACUCUUUCAAGUUGAUGAUACUUGUACAGAGUGUGAUACUUUCCCAAUUUACCACAAGAAAACAGCAGCACCAUGUGCUCUGGAAUUACCAGCCCAGCAGAGACAUUGCGACAUCUUCAGGUCUCCGGAUUACUGGAGUCCGGAGGUAAGGUAUUGGAGCCACUCACACUGACGCAGUGACUCCAUGGGAAUUAUCUGGGAAGUUGAACAUCCAACAAGGAAUUCCCCAGCUCUCAGGAUCUUCUGAAAUGUCUGCAAUUCUGAAACUUCUGACAGUUACAUGUAUUGACUUGGAUAGUUCCCCAGAGGAUUUUAGACAAGAAGAAAUCUUGUCUAAAUGCUGAGUGCCCAUGCACUCAAUUAUCUCUGACCUCUUGACCACCCCAUUACUAAAACCCUCCACCUCACUGAGGCCUGGCCUGACAACACCACUACCCCAAAAGGCUCAACCUGUCCAGCCCAAUCACCUAACUACCCUAAAAUUAACGAAUUCCGAACCUGACAAUCCCUUCCUAGCCAAUCUAACUAAUCGCUAAACAACCGACACCCUUCACCAGCUCACUCAGCUGCUGCCCUACCAAACCUGCCAUCCGAUCCUGCUCCCAACCUGCACUGACCCUCUCCACUACUCUCUGUGUGGAUUCCUGCACUGAUUCCCUUCACUGCUCCCUGUGUGGAUUCCUGCACUGAUUCCCCUCACUGCUCUCUGUGUGGAUUCCUGCACUGAUUCCCUUCACUGCUCCCUGUGUGGAUUCCUGCACUGAUUCCCCUCACUGCUGUCUGUGUGGAUUCCUGCACUGAUUCCCUUCACUGCUCCCUGUGUGGAUUCCUGCACUGAUUCCCUUCACUGCUGUCUGUGUGGAUUCCUGCACUGAUUCCCCUCACUGCUGUCUGUGUGGAUUCCUGCACUGAUUCCCUUCACUGCUGUCUGUGUGGAUUACUGCACUGAUUCCCCUCACUGCUGUCUGUGUGGAUUCCUGCACUGAUUCCCCUCACUGCUGUCUGUGUGGAUUCCUGCACUGAUUCCCCUCACUGCUGUCUGUGUGGAUUCCUGCACUGAUUCCCUUCACUGCUGUCUGUGUGGAUUCCUGCACUGAUUCCCUUCACUGCUGUCUGUGUGGAUUCCUGCACUGAUUCCCUUCACUGCUGUCUGUGUGGAUUCCUGCACUGAUUCUCUUCAGUGGAUUCCUGUACUGAGACAGUUCUUUUGCCUGCUGCAUUGGAAGUUUUGCCAGAAAGUUCACCGCUAAAUAAAUGGGUGGUUUUCUCUCUGUUCAGUGUCAAACGGUGAGGUUCUGACUCUGGAUUCGGGUUGAAUCUGACAGAUUUCGCAAAAUAUCCAACAAGUUGCAACUCUUCAAAUAUUAAAACAAGUUGUGGUGAAAGGAUGGUCUGAAACCAUCAAGGUUACACCUGUUACUGUAAGAGAGAAUUGGGCAAAUAGACACAAAAGAGAUUGCCAAAGACGGCAUCUUGUACAAAAAGAGCAGGGUUUUUAUCCCUAAAGAAAUGAGAAUAGAACAGGAUUUAAAAUUCAAAUUACUCCAGUUAUUUCUGGAGCAACAUGAGUUUCCUGAAACUUGGGAAACUGACCGGGGAAAUGGAGGUGACUUUGAGCAGCAGAUCAGGUGGGAAUUUAAACUUGUCACUGUCCCAACUUAAUAAAACCUCACUUAUUGCGGCUGCUGUCUCAGUUCCCCUGGGAAAUGUUUGACAGAGAUUUCUAGUGUGGGAGUAGCAUUCUUCAUCCUUGGAGGCUUUCAAACUGACAACUUCCAUGUGGGAUGUGUGGCCUCAGAUGUGUUUGACAGCAGAUCAGAAGAGGAAGACCCACAGCACACAAGGCAGUGAUGACAUGUUGUGGUGGGUUUGGUACAUAUGCAGGAUGGAGCAUCACAGAAAGGAAUUGAACAGGAGAGAGAAAUAUAGAAGGGGAGGGAGGAUGGAUCAAUUUACUCUGCGCUGCUCUCCUCUUCCCCCAUCUCUCCUUUCUAUUUUCACUCUCCCUAUGUAACCUCAUCCUGUUUCCCAUAUCUCCUUCCUCCUCAGUCUUCUCCCUAUUUUUUCCACAUCUCUCUCCUCUCAAACUCCACCAUUACAGGGAUUGUAAGAAAAUGCACCUUUUUAAAUGCUAUCAUGAAUGUAAAAAGUCAGCAAACUCCAUUCAGUAUCAUAAAAGUAACAAUGUGUUAUUAUGAUGAUAUUCAACUACUUCUGCUUAUGUGACAUGACUCAAGUCUGUGGGUCUUACUGCUGGCAAGGGUUGGUGAUGUUAUCUGAUGUGCCCACUCUCUACCUUGCAAAGACUGAGCACCAAGCCUCAGACACUUCCUCCUGUCUCCUCCUGGACCAUGGCCCCACCCCGUGUUCAUCACCUGGUGUUUCCAGGACAAUCACUGAUCUCAUCUCCUCUGGAGAUCUUCCCUCCACAGCUUCCUACCAAAUAGACCCCAACCCCAAUCAGCCCUGCUUUCCAAAAUCCGAGACUAACCAGGCAGUUUCACCAUUUCAGCCUUUUCCUGCCUCAGUUCACUCAUCCCUUCCUACCUGCAGUCUGUUCGUUUCUCCCCUUCAUCCAGUCUGUUCCCCCCCAUCCAGUUUCUUCCACUUACAUUUGUGAUUCUUCUGACACUUAGUACUGGUUCCACAAUUUCUGAUUUAUUGGUCCCAGCCUCCUCUCUUCACCAUGGACCAUAAAAUCCCUCACUCAUCCAUCCCUGGUCUGAAUCAUCUGAAGGCACUCCUCUUCUUUCUUGAAAAGAGGCCUGAACAGUUUCCCCAUCCACCAUCCUCCUUCACCUGGUUGACCUCCUUCUAGUUUCUCCUUUAUUGUCUCACGUUCUCCAAGUAAAAGUUGUGACGAUGAGUAUAUGCAUGAGUCCAACUAGUGCAGCUCUCUUUGCUGUGUAUAUGAAACAUUCUUUCUUCCUAUCUUACUCAGAACCCAAAUCUUAGAAUUCUUUUUCCAACACAUCAAAAAUGGCAUCAGUGAAGCCUCCUGGUCUCAUCCAGAAUUGAAACAAUUCAUCAGUUUUACUUCCAAUUUCCAUACUUUUCCAUCUUCAACUGGCCCAACUCUGACUCUAACUCUUCCCUUCCUUGACGUUUCCAUUUUUUUUGGAGAUAGGCUGUCCAUCAGUAUCCAUUACAAUCCCAUCAAUGCCCAAUUUACCUUGAUUAUACUUGAUCAAACUCUUCCUGUAAGGACUGCAGUAAUGGCUAAUCGUUUAACAUCUGCCCUUACACCUUCUCCCUUCUCACUACCCCACAAUGCAAACGCACCUUGCAGGUGAAGCAGCAAUUUACUUGUACAGCAAACUUCUUAUUAACCAGCACCAAUGGAACCAGGAGUGUGCAGUUGAUCAAUAGUCUGGUUGAGGUCCACACAAUCGAUGUUAAAAACACAUGAAGUAAUAGAACCAUAACGUAAGGGGUAUACACAUCAUUUUAUACUUUAAUUACAGCGUUAAUCACACAAUAAUGCAACUUUUUUUAAUAAAUGUAGGUUAGUUAAGUUUCUCACUCGCACCCUCAACUGACUACUCAGACAUCACAAAGAUCGCAAUAAUACAAUAAACCUCCAAGACUUGAGGUAUAUAAUUUUUGCCAGUUGAUGAAGAGUGCGGGUUCAUACAGUGCUGAUUAAAACAAAGUUUGCUAUAUGUCUUUCAACCUAAUCCAGUCAGUGCUUACCGUGCAGUUAACAUUGAUGAGCCUAAGCAUAGAGUGAGUUGCAACUUUGAGGAGCACCUCACUGUCUGCGAGAAUGACCCUACCUUCCAGUCACCUGCUAUUUCAAUACACCAUCCCAUACUAAUAUUUCCAUCUCAUUCUGUGGAAUGCUGCAACUUUCUAGCAAAGCCCAAUGCACGCUGGAGGAACAGCACAUCAUGUUCUGCUUUGGCACUUUACAGUCUUCAGGACUCAACAACUUCAGCCAUGAACUCUGUCUUCCAUUUUGAUUAUAAUCCCCAUCCUCCUCCAUAGAGUCUUGUUUGCUCUCAGCACAGCGGACUUAUUUUUAACUCUUAACACAGCAUUUCCUGCAUUAAUAUUUCUCUGUCAUUAAAAUUCCCUCUGCCAUUUGCUGCGGGCAUCCUCACUUUAUGUUCCACUCACUCCUCCUUCCAUUUUGUCAAAAGCAUAAAAGCCAACAUAUUCCACCUUCGGUUCUGGAGAAGAAUCAAAUUGGAUUCAGAACAUUAAUAGUCUCUUUCCCUAAGUGCUGUCAGACUAGCAGAGGUUCUCCAGCAUUUCUGUUUUUCAUUUUGUAUGUAGUCUUGAUUCAUCAAUAUGAUUGACUGUUGUUGCCUCAGAACAGAAAAACCUCGAGUGUAAUUUGAAGAGCCGGCUCAAAUAGGGGCAACCAGCAGAAACUCAGCACUCUCAUUACGUCUGCCUGGAGCCAUUUCUGUGUUUGGAACCAACUUCCUUUCUGAUGUCUAAUAAACUAAUGCUGCAGAUCGAAAAGUUCAAUUCACACUUAAUGGUACUGAUGUUUAAAAUUCCCAAUACGGUCACUUUCAGCCAGGUUACACUGGUAAACCUGCACCCACAAAAUAGCAUACAUUCUCGACCACAACUGGUGUGCUUGCAUUUGUUGCAAAUUUGUCCAAAGCUUUUACUAAAGCAAACAUUUUUUAAAUGUGUGAGAGACAACAGAGGCAGUUUUAUUUUGGUAUAUUUGUGACCUGAUUAGUUUCAUGAUCAUUGCAGUGUUGUAAACAUCCACUGAAUAAUUUUCUGAGAUUUAAGAUAUAUUAUAUACCUCUUUUCAUCAACUUUUAGCACUUUUAGGUGAAUUCUUCACCUUAGUAAUUUUUGUGCUAAUGUUUCUUAGUAUUUUGUCCUGGCUUUUGUACUUAGUUACUCAGUUGUAAAUGGUUUGUGGCGUUCUGGGGAAUGGACAAAAGAGCAGUUGAAGAGAAAAAGGCAACAAUGACAGAAAAAAUCUACAAUGGAGAGCCUUGAGAUUACUAUAGUGGACAAGCGUCAAAAAGUUCUAACUUCUUAUUUUCUAACUGGAUCCGACAAGAUGAAAACUGAGAUUAUUUACCUUUACAAAGACCUUCGAUAAUAAGUGCUGAAAAUAUCUUUCCUAACUGAAGGCUGAUGAAUCUACAAACAAUUUAAUUUAAUGAGAAAGACACAAGAUUGGCAGAGCAAUACAAUUGUCUGGCAACAAGUCCGGGUCGGAGGGGAUUAGAUAAAAAUAUGUGCUGACAUCCUGAAAGGGUGUGAGCGUUGGUCUGAGUGAGAUACUUCACACAAUAACCAUCAGGAGCUUGUCGGGCAAAGUGAUCUGGUCAAUCACUGAGGUCAUGAAAAAGUCUCGUUCAGCUGUUUGACCGUCUGAGGACAGACUCUUGUCACAUAGGAAAGCCAGUUUUGUAAGUUGACUUGUAGCAGCUCUAUAUACAAAUACAUGUGAACAUAUACUCAAUAAAGAAGCUUAUUUACACUA